AUGUUUGAAAAUUGGAUUGAGAGUAAAAUUAGCGAAGGAGAAGUCACAGAAUAUAAGUUUGAGGAAUUUGAAAAUUUUAAAUGUAUCGGUUCAGGGGCUUUUAAUUAUGAUCCAGCAACCCUACCACUUAGUAUAAAAAACGGGUUAAGAGAGAACCCAAUUGCUGGUACAAAUCCCAAAUUUUGUUGGCAAGGAAAGCCGGAUAAUCGACCAUCUAUUCAAGAAGUAGCUAUGGAAUUAAAAAAUCUUGCUCAAGACGCUGGACUCAACAAUAAUUUUGAUGUUUAUGAAACAUAG